UUGCUUUAGUCGAGGUUUGAUUCAUUGCUUUGUAUCGAUGGAGAACCUCAUUCGAUAGAGGGAAUCUAGUUCAAAAUGCCUUGAUCGGGUGUUCUAGAGAAGGAUACGUCACUCUAGGCAAUUGAUGAUAUGAUCCAAAUUGGCCACUUCUACGAGUCACAAUUACUUGCCAAAGAAGCUAUCGAAGUUGGGAAGAAGAAAGGCAGAAUUUGGCAAAGUCAAAAUCCGUGUUCAGGAUACAUACUUUGGAGGCAUGGUUCUCUCAACUGGCUUGGUGGAAAUUCAAGUUUAAUGGUUUGUUUUACAGAAAAAGUUUCCAUGUUUACAAUGGUAUGCUUUGUGGAUCCAGAAGAUGUGAUUAAGGUUGUUUUCCAAGGCCUCAAAGUUGCUACCUCAAAACUGGAAAACUGCCAGAAAAUGACCAAGGCAGAAAACUGUUUUGUGAAGCCUACUUUGGAACUUAAUUCGAGGAAUAUGGAUCUGAUUCAAGCUCAAAGGCUUCUACAACAUGAAACUAGGUAUAUUUGUGAACAAAGGGAAGGAAUUGGAUGAAGAAUUGGAGUUCGGGAAGGCCUCGAACGAAAGGCGUGAAGUUAGUACGAAAGCUGCAUUUUGACUGUUUGCUGGCAGCUUACUUGCACUUGAAUAAAGAGUUUAAAUCCGAAUUUUGAGUCCUUUUUAGAGUAGAUUUUUACCUUAAUUGUUUCCUAGUUCUAUUAGGGUUGUAUUAGGUUUAUUUGCCUUUAAAUACCUUUCUACUUUCGUUGUAAAACUCAGACUUUGAUUAAUCGAAAUUGAGAACCGUUUGGUUUGUGCAAGUUGCGACUUGUUUUGGGUUUGGUGGAUUCCAAACUUGCUGAGCUUGUGUAUCGAUUGAAUAGUCACUUCAAUCGUGGUCGAGCAACUACCCUUUUAUACCAAUCGAGCUAUCCCCAGGUGUGGAUUUGUCCUUUUGGUUCCGUUUUAUCCAAGUUCGUAUUAAGAACGCUUCGUUCUUGAUUCGAGCUCAAUCGAUUCUUCGAUUGAGUCGUUAGCUGCGUGACUUUGAAAACAUACACCCGUAGGGGCGUAUCAAGUGGUAUUAGAGCCCCGUUCAACGCAGGAGCAAGGAGGAGUUUGACAAUUCUUUUUUUCAGUCUAUUUUUCUUCGCUGGCAGAAUACAGAGGAGUAGAGGAGUUCUCUGACAAGGAGAUGAUGGGAGAACAACAAAUCAACGUCGAGGAGUUAAAGCAGAUGGACAUAUCAUCUUUCCAGCCCCAAUUUGAUCGGAUACAGCGUGGGAUCGACAAGCUGCAGACUGCCAUAGAUAAUCGACUCUGCUUUCCUCCGGAAAAACAAAGGUCGUUUUUUGGUGCGGUCGAUGUGAAGGAAUCUAUGGAAACAUCAAGAGGAUAGUCCACACUAGUCAUUGGAAGGAGAUGGAGAAAACCUUGGCUGCUCUAGUUCAAGCGAUGAUGGCUCAAGAAAACCAGCAGUCCGUCGGAGGCCAGCACCCCUGUCUUUCGCCGGGAAAACAGAGCUCUAAUUGUGCAGACAUAAACGACAAACUACAGAGCGUUUCGAAGGAAAUAAAUGCUUCAGAUACAUUCCAAACUACCCCAGGAAUGAUUUCCCUGGAAAGAAUCGAGGCAAUGAAUCAUCAAACAGCAAGUCCCAAUUCUGCAGAAGCUCUUCUGCAAAAACCAGAGUUCGACUCCGAAAACGGGUAUCUCGUCGGAAAGAUUGAGCACGAGUCGAGCAAAACCAGCAAAGGGAAUCAGUUUCUAGAUGAUUAUGGAAAGUGUAUGCAACUCGACAGCGACUUAAAUCGGCCGGAAAUCAAAACACCCAAAGUUCCGGAAUUGCAAAAUUCUGCAAAAACGUUCAAAUUUCAGAAUGGUGGGAACACUAAAAUCGUCGAUUCUUUGAUUACUGAGGCUGGUCAAGACCUGGGAAUGUUUGAAAGGUUGAUAUGGAAGCCGUUUGAACAAGAUUUGAGUGGUCAAUUGGAGUGGGUAGGCUUGAAUAAAGAAAUCCCAAGUUUGCAGGUUCCGCCGGAGUUCGUUAUUGCGACAGGAGGUUCUGGGCAACUUCUACUUUAUUUCCCGGCUGUUGGGGGUAUGAGAAAGCCCAAAAGAGUUGAAGUUCUCAAAGGUGAAGUCCAAGCCCAAAUGGCCAAAGCCCAAAAUAAAGAGAAGUGAGCCCAAAGGAGAUAUCUGACAACCGAGGCGCAUAGGGACAAAAGCUCUGACAAGAGCCACAUAGCGACAGAGACAUGUAACAGGAGGAAACAUACGGAAAGCUGAACGGCUUAGGUCAUGCGCCUUGGAUAUCUGACGUGGGUGUCAGAUGGUCGAGGCGCAUGGCAAAAAGGAAGGUACAAAGCAUUAAUCACCAUGCUGACGUAGGGCGGAUUUGGGGGGCAAUGGUCGGGAAGGCUCCUAGUAUAAAUAGGAGAGUAGGCAAACUUCAUUACUCAGGUUGGGUUCUCUCACUAAAACCUCCUUCUACUUCUCUCUCUACGAUGUGGUGCUAACUUGACCGUCGGAGGUCUAACGGGCGAAGUAAGUCCGCUGUGCGCUUUGAGUGCAGAGAUCCAUGCGCCUCGAAAGGAGUGAAGGAAAGAAGUGCGUACGAACCGGGGAAGCGCACAGUGGCCUGAACGAUCAGUUGUGCGCUUUGUGAGUAGAGGUCCAUGCGCCCCGGAAGAAAGAGUGAAGGGAAGAAGUGCGUAUGGAUCAAGGAAGUGUAAGGUGGCUCAAGCAAUUGGCGCGCCAGAUAGGGGGAUAUGACCAAGAGUGUGACAACGAGACGCAUGGAGACGACCACCAGAAAGGAGGGGAAGCGCAUGGGAAGGAGGAACUUGCGAUCAAGAUAAUGAGCCUGCUAGGUCGGGAGGCGCCUCGCUUACCAAGAGGGACUUUAUGAGGGUCAUUAGGGAUCAUGACCAGGUGCUAGAAUCAACAAAAAAAAAAAGAGAGAGAGAGAUUGAGGCAAAAAAAAAAAAUGUGGUGAAGGAACUUGAAGGAGUAAGCACGGAGGCGAGCCUCCUUGAAAGUAAAAAGAAAAGGAGGUCACAAUUGUUGGUGAAAGUGAAACGCAUACACCAUCAAACAACAACAAGUUGCUGAUGCAGAAGGGCCUGCGACUCUAUGUGUACUAGAGCCUGAUUUCAGGAGCUUGAGACGCAUGGAGACGACCACCAAAAAGGAGGGGAAGCGCAUGGGAAGGAGGAACUUUCGAUCAAGAUAAUGAGCCUGCUAGGUCGGGAGGCGCCUCGCUUACCAAGAGGGACUUUAUGAGGGUCAUUAGUGAUCAUGACCAGGCGCUAGAAUCAACAACAACAAGAAAAAAAAAGAGAUUGAGGCGGAAAAAAAAAUUUGGUGAAGGAACUUGAAGGAGUAAGCACGGAGGCGAGCCUCCUUGAAAGUAAAAAGAAAAGAGGUCACAAUUGUUGGUGAAAGUGAAACGCAUACGCCAUCAAACAACAACAAGUUGCUGAUGCAGAAGGGCCUGCGACUCUAUGUGUACUAGAGCCUGAGAUUGGACGCACGAGGGAGGGAGCAAACAAAGACAACGACAGUUCAAAAACCAUAAGCCCCACCUCAGAUGGAUGUUAUGCACUAGAGCGGAAGAUCUUGUUAUUUUACGAGAGGAGCGCAUAUACCACCGAGCCCCACGUUUCCUCGCCGAUUCUCUAAAUUUGAAGGCGCUCUGUGGAGGAAGUCUAGAAAUUUUGGGCCACCAGAGAGUAGUUGAAAGAAGUCAGAAAUUAAUCUUUAUAGCUAGAUAGAUAGAUAGAAAGAAGGAAGCGUCUAGGUGGUUAUGAGCUACAGGGAGAAGAAGAAGUGGAAAAGAGAGAGAGAUAAAAGCAAAAGCAAUGAAACGCAUGGGAAAAACAAUAAUAGAGCGCUUCGGAAGUGGUGAUGUCUCGGCAAGGAUUAAAAAAAAAUAUAUAUAAAAAAAAAAAUCGUGAUAUGAGUGUCCCUGCCCUAGCUCAAAGAGAGCUUAUUACCUCAAUACGUCUUCAAGACCAGGUCCUCAAGGCGCCUCCUCAACCUUUUUCUGGACCAGGCGUGCAUCUGCCCACGAUGUCUGGGCGACGAGUCCAAUUUACCCGAGGCCAGAGCAGGACAGCCCACGAAGGGCCCAAGCGCCCAUCUCAUUAACUAAAAAAAGUAAGCACUUGAU